CAAUACAUUUUCACAAAGCUUAAACAAGCCUUCCCCCAAUCCCAUCACCACCUUCACCCCACUCCACCAUUUGAGAGAGAGAGAGAGAGAGAGAGAGAGAGAGAGAGAGAUAGAUAUAUAUAUAUAUAGAUUCUGAAACAAAGGAUAAUGAGAUAUGGUGGGAUUAAGUAUAGUCUUGGAGAACCAAAAAACUGGUAGCUCUAGCAAGAAAAGCCCCCAAGUUAUCAACAAAGCUACUAUGAAUAUUAACAACAAGCUUUUUACUUCUUCUCAGUCAACUUUCCCAGUGCCUACUUUUCUUCAGCGAUGCUUCCUCUGCCAACAGCCUCUUUUGCCGGGCAAAGAUAUCUACAUGUACAAGGGAGAGAGUGCUUUUUGUAGCGUGGAGUGCAGGUGCAGGCAGAUAUUUAUGGACGAAGAAGAUAGUAUUAAGAAAGAGAACUGUUCAUUGGCUGCGAUGAAACCAACUUCUUCUUCAUCAGCUUCUGGUUCCCGUCGGAAAGGAAACAGAAACCGAGGAGGAGGAGGAGGCGGCGGCUUUGCUUACUGAAGAAAGAUGAUGAUCACCAGGAAUGGAAAAAAAAAUUGUUUUUUUUUGU